AUGACGGCAACAAUGGGCAUGGACGGCCGCCAGGCCCGGCUUCAUCAGCUUGCUGCCGAGUGGGGGGUCCACCAAUUACCCCCGGUGGCCCCGCCGACUCCAGCCCCGCAGCCCCGGACGCCCAACGACGACUUCCACGCCGAGGAGUUGCUCAAGAGACGCCGGCUGGCCAACAGCCAGGACUCGAAUUCCCAGGGCAGCAUCAAGCGUGCUUUCAGCUCACACAAGAAGUCGUGGGAACCCAACGAGGUUUUUGAAGCUCUCAAUGUUCACGUCGCCAAUGGUGGGACUCCGGGGGUCGCCGAUGCUCUCAUCGCCAAAUUGCUUUCCACGGGUGGGAAUCCCAAUGUCUCGAACCUCAAGAGCAAGACAAACCUCCUCACGCGGCGGCGGAGCGUUGAGUCGAUGGAACGAAGCAGGGUGCUGCAAAAGGCCGUUGAGAAUCGUCACAACGACAUGGUUGCGGUCUUGGCGCAGCACGCCGACCCUCUCACUCUCGACCAGGCAUUGCCCUUCGCGAUACGAUCUGGUGACCUCGUCUUGGUUCACUUGCUCUUGAGUCGGGGCGCGAAUGCUUCUCAGACACAGGGAUCACAAGAUGCAUUUCGGCAACUGUGCAUUAUGGGCGGCUAUUCCGAACUCAUCGGGCUCGUCCUCCAGUCUGAGGGACGCCCACCACCAAGUUGGCUCUCGAUGUGCAUGGUUGACGCCGCUCGAAAAGGGUGUCUCGCGACAGUUUGGCGACUGAGCCGUUUCUCCGCUGAUGGGGAAUACAACAAAGCCGAGGCCCUCAAAGCCGCCAUCGCCCAGUGUAGAGUGGACAUCGCGUUAGCAAUUCUCACGGCCGCAAAACCACCCACCCUCGGCGGCCAAGGGAUCUUAGAAGGCUUCUCACAACUCCUCACCCACACCACCAUCGGUCCGAACGAGAAGAUGGCCCUCACCGAGGCAUUGUUAUGUGCCGGUGCCUCAGGUGACCCCGUUUCACUCGCGCUCGCCCAGGCGUGCUCAACACAGUUCUACGAUAUGGUCACCCUGCUCGUGUCAUACGGGGCUUCCAUCGAGUAUCAAGGCGGUGCUAUCGUCCGAACUGCCAUUUCCCGGGGCCAAACCAACCUAGCGCAGCUGCUGUUAGGCGAGUCAUCCAGGUUAAGCCCCAUUUCCGCCUCGGAAUGCGUCAUGUGCAUCCCCAAAGGCGUUUCACCAGAAGACCGGCAUGCCAUGCUCAGCCUUUUGUUAGCCAAGGGCGCGGUGGGAACCAGUCUACACGAGGCCCUCAUAACCGCCGUAGAAGCCGGCGAUUUACAAUCCGCACAACUCCUCACCACUCCCCAAUUCCCGCGUGUUCGGUCCAUGACAAACACCAAUCGCCGUAGCAGCUCCCCGGGAAUCGUCCAAGUUCGCCACGAGAUGGCGUCAGUCGAUCAUAAAGCCGGAUUCGCUCUCGACAUUGCAGUCAAAUCUGAGAAUCUGCCCAUGGUCAAGCAACUUUUAGCCGGCAGACCAUCCGCGGCAACCCUAGACCACGUUUUCACCGCUGUGCUAGGACUUCAAUCCACAACGCGUUACCAAAUGGCAGAGUGCUUCCUCAGCGCGGGGCUUUCUCGGGCUCGUAUCUCUGCGGCUUUGCAAAAGGCGAUUGAGGAGCAGCCACCACGUAGAGACGAGAACUUGAUCAGUAUCUUACUUCGGCAUAACGCCGAUGUCAACUUUAAUGACGGAGCCGGGGUGGUGUCGGCUGUGGUGAUCCGGGAUCUGCCACUGUUGGAGACCUUACUCACCAGCAAGCCGUCCCCGCAGACCAUGGCGGCGGCAAUGGCUCAGGCUCUCACAGUGGACGACAAGCCGGUUCGUUAUGAGAUGAUCCGGUUGCUUAUUGCUGGUGGGGCGGGUCGGGACGGCGGGGAGGUUUCUGAGGCAUUGGCGCAGCUGUUAACUGUGAAGCCAACGGAUAUGAAGCUCGCGGCUUUAUUAUUGGAGAAAGGAAGGGCCGACAUCAACUUCAGUCAAGGUUUGCCCGUUGUUAUCGUCAUCAACGAACCUGAUCCAACACUGCUCGACCUCGUUCUCCACCACGGCCACCCAAACACAGAUACCCUUUACCGCGGCCUUGAAACACUCUCCUCUCUCCCCGCAUCCCCGACCAAAACCAAGAAACUCACCUCCCUCCUUCGCCACAAACCAUCCCCGACCAUCCUCAACGCCAUUCUCUUCAAAGAAGUCCAAGCAUUACUCCCCAUCCCCCCAUCUCAACGUCCACUCGAAACAUUAUCCGCCCUUCUCGACGCAGGAGCCGACAUCAACGCCCACAAAGCCGCGGCCUUCUGCUGCGCUGUAAAAGGUGCUGACGCGCCCAUCGUCGAUCUCUUCUUCACCCAUCCUACCCAACCCCAAGGACCCACCCCCGCUUCCCUGGCCGCGGCCCUCCCACAAUCUCUCAAUAUCCCUGAUGCGAUGGACCGCCUGGCGUUUACGAAACGACUGAUCGCGGCCGGCGCGCCGCCGUCUGAAGCCGGACGUGCGCUAGUGUAUGCCAUCACGGCGCACCCGGCGGACUUACCGCUCAUCUCCCUGUUGGCGACACAUGCAGAACCUAACGUCGCGGGCGAAGCCCUAUCGGUGGCGGUGAAGAAUGGAAACGUGGGAGCCGUCAGUGUGGUGCUGGAGAUGGCUGGGUCGAGGUUUACGCGGCUGAUUUUGGAAGAGGCGCUCAAAGACGGCGUGGCGUUGGGGGAUCAUGAGAAGAGGGCUGGUGUGUGCAAGGCGAUCUUGAAGAGGGGGGUUCCUUUAUCGGAAGCCGUGCUUGGGGAAGUGCUAAUCGGCGCGGCGAGAGAAGGGGACUUAGAGCUAGGAACGGUCUUGCUGGAGUAUGGGGCCAGCGUGGAGUUCCGUGAGGGGCAGGCGAUUGUGGAAGCGUGUGGUGCCGGGUCAGCCGCUGUUGUGGGUAUGCUCUUAGCUGGGAAAGGGGAAGCGAGGAUGCCGACACUGGUGAAGGGGUUCCAAGCGACGACGCAGGUUGGAGAUCUUGACAAGAGGACUGAGGUUUUCCGGCUGUUGCUAGAGAAGGGGGUGAGUGGUGACGUUGUCCACUCGCAGUUGGUGUCCGCGGCGAAGUUUGGUAGUGAUGGGACUGAACUCGUGCGGUUGUUACUUGAGUUCGGGGCGAGUGUGGACUACAACGCUGGCGAAGCGAUCUGGAAUGCGACGCGCGGUGCCAUUAUGGACAGUCUUAAGCUUCUCCUUGGCGUUGAGAAAGUGGGCGGACGGCAGAGCACACCAUCGCAACCGACAUUGCUGCGGGCUCUCAAGGCGAGCAAGAAGCUCGGAAGAGACCCCCGGUAUCAAGUCAUCGACUGGCUGUUCCAAGCUGGCUUGGAGCCAUGCGAAGAAAUCGACAUUGCCCUGAACCGGGCGGUCAAAGAUGAGCCCGACCUCCGACUGGUGCAGUUGUUACUCAAGCACGGCGCAUCGCCGUUAGCUAACGGCUGCGAGACGCUGAUCGAUGCCUGCCAGCGGUUACUCAUCGACAUUGUCAACACAUUGCUCGAGACGGAUAUCCCAGCCAAAGAUGUGUCCUGGGCAUUCCAACAAGCUUUCACUCCGCAGACCGCUUCCACUUGGCUGACGUCGGAGGGAAUGUUGGUAGCGGCGAUGCUCCUAGAAAAGGGCGCUGAAGGAGAGAGUCUUGCUCUCGCGCUGGGCACGGCGAUCGACUCGUACGGGACGGAGAAGGACGAGAUUGCACGCCUAUUUUCCGAGCUACUCUUGGGGGCCAAUGUCGAUGUCAACUACGAGAAUGGACUGGCCCUCCAAGAGGCCGCGCGAAAGGCAGACUCGGAGUUGAUCCAGCAGAUUCUGAAGCGGAACCCGGACUCGCAUACCGUGUCUAUGGCGUUUCCGUAUUUGUUCGAGGCGGAUCUCUCUGAGGCGGAUAGUCUCCGCCUUGUUGAACUGUUUGUCGAGUACCAUGGUGAUGGGGAGCGGCUUGAUGCGAUGUUCGUUCAUCCGGAGUUGAAGGAACCGGUGAUCUUUCGUGCGUUGGGGAAAUAUCCACGCUCGGUCAAGAUGCUCCAGGCGUUGCUCGAGGCGGGAUUCUAUCACGACCAGAUGAUGAAUAUCAAGGUCGUGGAGGAUGCUGAAGAAGAAGAGCCCGUCAGCUUAUUGUUCUGGGCUCUGCUUCAGCCACAGAAAAAGGUCAGCAGCGCGGUCGUCGAGAUGCUGAUUGACUGCGGUGCCAAGGUCAACUUUGAGACGCGAUGGUCCAAGAAGACGCCUCUGAUGCUUGCUAUUGAGAACAAGAGGCCUGAUCUGGUCAAAACUCUGAUCUUGUCCGGGGCGGAGGUUGAUGUGGUGGAUGCCACCGGGAACACGCCGAUGACGAUGGCUACCCGGAUCGGCGGGGAUCUCAGCACGUCGCUCAUGUCCAGCAUCCUGGCCGCGGAUCCUUCCAUUAACGAUGGAUCGCUGCAUAAUGCGGCGAGGGAUCUGAACCUCCAGGCGAUGCGAGUCUUGGUCGAGUAUGGGCACGACGUUGACUUCCCGAGCACACUACACGGCGGCCGCAGUGCCUUGGGUGAGCUGUGCUUGAACGCAGCGCACGCCGGUCCGUUGAGCGCAGCGCAGGAGAAGCAGAUGGAAAAGGCGAUGACAUUCCUCGUGAACAAAGACUCAGACCUCGCCAUCCAGUCAGAUUCCAAGUCAGUCCUGCUGCUAGCACUCAACUCGGCAGAUCCGGUACCCAUUACCCGCGCUCUGCUCAAAGUCGGCCUGUGGAAGCACGUAAACAAGUCCUACAACCACUACACCGACGGGAACUUCACCUACUCAGCCACGCAGUACAUCACCCGUGUCCUCCCCUGCAAUGAAGACCUCCGCCCCCAACUCCUCGACCUCCUCAAAUCCAACCGUGCCAUCGACGUCUACUACGCCAACGAGGGCCCCCAACCCCAAGACGCCAUCAGCCUGCCCCCCGAACUCCUCCGCGCUGAACGCGAGCGCCGAGCCCGCGAAGAACGCAUUUCAAAAGAGAGCGAAGAACACGCCAUCGCCUUAGCCCGCACUAAAGAAAUCGCCCACAUCCACAACCAAAUCUUCCGCCAGCGCGCCGAGCUCGAAGAUUCCCGCGCUAGGCGCAAACAAGACGACGAAAUGGCCGCGCUGCGCGAGAGGCAAGCCGCAGAGGAAUCGGCGUUCGCGGCUGAACUGCAGCGCCGCAAGGCCGCGCGCGAAGCAGCCGUAUCGCACGAACAGCGGCUCACUGAGGCCGGGCUUACCCGUGCGCGGCUGGUGGCCGAGGCGGAAUUGGAAAUGGAAGGGAAGAAACAGGACAAGAUGUUGCAGUGGGAAGGGAGGAUCUCGAAGCAGAAGGAGAACGACGCAAAGGCGUUGAGUGGGGUACGGAUUCGGGAGCGCGAGGCGAUUGAGAGGUUGGAUGCGGCUGCUGAUGCGAGGACAGUCAAGAGGAUUGGAGAGCAGAAGAAAUUGGUGGAGGGCCAGACGGUGUUGGCUGCAAGACUGGCGGGUGGACCGGGGGGGUUGGAUCGCAGGCAGAUUGGGUAUGUGACGGGGGAGUUGGAUUAG